GUCAAGUUCUGCUCUUUGGCCUAUUAGAGAACAAUGGCAGCCGCAUCACCCGCUCCAAGUUUCAUGAAGCAGUUGGCAGCAAAUGAAAAAUCUGUGCGAGACCGAGCCGUGGACAGCCUCAGAAUCUACCUGCGGUCAAGGAAAGAGUUUUCUGAGAUUGAGCUGCUGAAGCUAUGGAAGGGACUCUUCUAUUGCAUGUGGAUGAGCGACAAGCCACGGAAUCAGCAACAGCUUGCUCGCGAUCUGGCAGACUUGGUGGAUGUUGUUCCGCGUGAAACCGUUGUCCCUUUCUUGGACGCCUUUUGGAAGACAAUGGCACGAGAGUGGAAUGGUAUCAGCUCGUUGAGGAUGGACAAAUAUCUGUACCUUGUCAGGCAGUACCUAUACGUCUCGAUCCGUUACCUGGCAAAGGCCGGUUGGAAGGACAGCGACAUGAUCGAUCGAUUUAUGAAAAUCUUGACGGACACGCCGCUGAAUGCAAGAGAAGCAAGGAUACCAAACGGAAUGCGAUAUCACGUACUCGAUGUCUACCUUGACGAAGUGGAAAAAGUAGAUAACGAAUAUGACGCGAAAACUCCUUUCAACCGAUUACUUGCACCUGUGGUCCUUAUACAGAAGGAAAGUCCUACACGGACCGUAAGGGAACGAGCAAAGGAACAGCUUGAUGACGAGAGAGUGCGAACGUGGCUAGGCCAGGGCGAGAAGCACGCGGGCGAGGUGAAGAAAGAUGAAGACAAGCCGCAGGGAGAACAGAAGGAGGACGCGUGCCUUGGUGAGGGUGAAGAUUGGGGUGGAUUUGAGGAUUGAGCUGAUUUUGGCUUUGAAUGAUUUUCGUUAUCCUGUACAUUGUGAUACCCAAGGCAUAGCGUCGUGGUGAGCGUUCGUACCCCAAAAGAUUAUUAUGGCCAAGGAGGAUCUUCUAGCCGACGGAAACAGGCAACUAGUUUCAAGCCCUUGUUCCUCUCGACCUUUUUUCCCUCUUCAGUCUCUGAGCGCAUGAUAGCUACGCAUUCGUCCUUUUCGAUCUCUUCCUCGCUUAGCCUCUCAAAUAGCGCACAAUCAUUUAAGUGCUUAGCCA